GCAUUUGUGUUUUCCUAGACAAAAAUGUCUGGAAUUUUGGAAGAUAAAGACGAAAACGAAGUGUUUGUACCCUCAGCAGUCCUAGACGAAGCUUUGGAAGCUAUCAAUAAGGUGGUGCCAGCAAAAUCCAAGCAUUCAUAUGAAAAAGAGUAUACGAAUUUUUGUGAAUGGAGGAAACGAAAGCAUGCAAAAGGAGUAGAUGAAAGAAUAAUUUUGGCUUAUAUUUCGGAACGGUCAAAAAAUGCUAAAUCUUCAUCACUAUGGUCGUAUUAUUCCCAACUGAAGAAGAUGUUAUCUGUGAAGGAAAAUAUUGAUAUAAGCAGAUUUCAUCAAGUGUCAGCUUUCCUAAAACAACAGUCUGUAGGGCACAGACCAAAGAAAUCCAAAGUGUUCACGCUCGAAGAAAUGGAAAGGUUUUUAGAUAAUGCUUCUGAUGAUGAAUAUUUACUGCAAAAAGUAAUUUUUGUCGUGGGAGUUUUUGGAGGAUGUAGAAUGGGUGAAUUGGUGGCCAUGUCAGUUGAUGAUGUUGAAGACAGGGGUAGCGUACUUGUAGUCCAAAUUCCAGACACGAAGACUCAUAAACCCAGAACAUUUACCAUCAUCAAUGGAAGUAACUCUGUUCCUGCUAUUGACGUUUUUCGGAAGUACAGAAUAUUACGGCCUGAAAAGAUUUCACACAAACGGUUGUUCAUUAAUUACAAGAACAAAAAAGUGCACGGCCUCCAAAAUCCACAAGAAUACACCGGUCAUAGUUUUAGGCGUUCGAGUGCAACUCUACUAGCAGACUCUGGGGCAGAUUUAACAGUUGUAAAGAGACACGAACCACUGAGUACCCCCAAUAAUCCUUCCCUCCCGCCAAAAGCCCCACUGCCCAAGCCUAUCCCAAAGCAAAAAAAGAGCAGCGGAACCAUUGCGGCAGAGCAAAUGGUGGAAACAAGCCGCCUUCUUGAUGAGGGAAAUAAUGUUUUGCUGAACUUAAUUAGCGAAAUAAGAGAUUUCAAGGUGCAGUUAGUUGAAUGUUUUAAAAAGCGGACACUGGAAACUGAUGAUGAAAUCGACGGGAAGAGAAGAAAACGUGUCGGUGUCGGUAUCGUGGACACCGACACCGGUCUGAACUGA